AUGAGCAUUUCUUUUUCUUUAUUCCUUUCUUAUAGACCAGAUGAAGCAGAGCUAUUUGCCAAAUCUGCCCAGAAUGCUUAUAAACAAUUUCGAGACAAGGCAGCUUUAUCCAGAUCAAUGACUGUUGAUAAGAUGGAGGAGGUAGCACAGGGGAGGGUUUGGACCGGUAAAGAUGCGGCAUCGCAUGGUUUGGUUGAUGCUAUUGGUGGCCUUUCCCGAGCCAUUGCCAUAGCAAAAUUGAAGGCUAAUAUACCUCAAGAAGACCAGGUUACUGUUGUGGAGAUACCCGGAUCAAGUUCCCUCCUACUUGGGAUUUCAUUAGGCGGGGUGAGUUCCCUAACUGGAGUUGAAACCACGUUGAAGGAACUGCUAGAGAGGUUGACAUUUUCAAAUGGAGUUCAAGCAAGGAUGGAUGGAAUCAUAUUUCGUUCAUUGGAAGGAUACUCAAACUCCAACCCCAUUUUGUCAAUUAUAAAAGAUUAUCUUAGUUCUUUGUAG